GUCAAAAUGGCGGUCGAAGUAAUGGAUGACUUCGAACUGGAAAAGUUGAGAGCUGAAAUUCAGCAAGAAAAACAAAUGAAAGAAAUGUUGGAGCAGUCAGCCGCUGAAUUAAGAGCAACAGUAGAGGAACUGGAAAAGCGAUAUGACACUAUCGACAAUGAAGACAGCAAGCGAGAUCGCUCAAGUGCAUCAAGUUCCGAUGAUUUGGAUUGGAAUGAGUGGAAAACUCGAUACGAGACACAAUCAGAAAUUAAUGAGCAGUUAGAACGGCAGAUUUUGAUGUUACAGAAUAAAGUACAAGAAGCAAAAGCCAACCUUAAAGACGAAGAUUUAGCUGAGUUGGAUCUUAGACCGGGGAAGGGUAUAUUAAAACGUAGAGGAGUGGCUUUCACAGAUGAAAUGUCUGAGGAGGGAAAUGGCAAAUGGGUGGACAAAUGUAUACAAGUGGACAGAACUAAGUCUAAUUUGACAAGUAUUUUGAAACCUUCCCCAGCAAGCAGUGCGGAUUCAAAGAACAAUAUAAGGUUUGAAAAUCCUGAGGAAAGCAAGAAAAGGCUGGAGAGGACAAUUAAAAUUAGAACCAAGCCUGGUAGCUAUCUUCCAGCUGGAAAGACGCCUAGAGACUUGAAAAAUUUUGAUGACCUUUCUGACGCAAAUAAAUAUAUGGUUCGGUCGCUUGAAAAAGAAAAGCAAAUGCUUCAAGGGCAAAUUAGAGACAUUGAAUGGAGACUUGAUCAAGAGUCAAAGGCUUACCAUAAAGCAAACGACGAGAGGAAAACGUACUCGUUGGAGAUCAAUUCUACGAAGGGUUCCAUUAAUGAGAUGGCCAGUCGACCGAAGCUGUCUUCUAGUCGAGACGCACUGGAUACCAUUCCGGGAUCUCGCACUCCAAGGAGUAUGGGUUCUAGGAUUUCACUGAAUGAAAUGGAUGAAAAUAGCUCUAGUCCUUCACCAAGGAGGUCCAAAAUUAAAACUGUUCGAAAUACUAAUUACCGUAGCCUGAGAAGUUUGGAGCAUGAAAUACGCAAUAUACCAGAGGACCAGAGAAUACUGGACCCAAAACAUGGACCAAUCAAAAAGGCUGCCGCUAUCAAGAGCCUGCCCAGUUUAGAGACCACGUGAUUCCACUUAGAUUAGGGAAAAGGCAAUACGUUAUUUAUUGUUUUGCACCAACACUUCUGACGGGAUAUUAUAGACUUUUUAUAAGACAUAUUUAUCUACAAACUGUAAAAUAUGCGGAAUUAUUUAUUUAUAUAUGCAAUAAUGAAGAUACAUCCGUCCUUUUUUGUCAUUAUAUGUUUGAUUUUUCAUUAUAAGAAAUAUAUGUACAUAUGAAUUGUUAAUGGUAUUUUCAAUUUAUUUUUCGUAGCAUCAAGUUUAGCAAGCUGUGCUUGUUCUUUGAUAUCAAUAUAUGACUCUCGAUUUCUAUCACCCUUUUCAUAUAAUUUUAAACGCCUUAUGAAAAAUAUAAGGGUAUGUUUUUCUUACAGCAAAAUAUCUUUGUAUGUUUAUAUCAUUUGAAAGAUUUUGAGAAACUUUCAUUUUUAAAUUGGCGUAAUACACAGAUAGUGCUUAAACCAAAGAAAGUGUCAUUUCCAUUAAAUAUUCCUCAAAUUGUGAUCAAGUUCCCUUGAAAUGUACUUGUUCAUCGUUUUCAAAAGUGACAAAUGGUUGAUAUUUCAAAUGAUAUUUAUAAUGCACUCUUAAGAAGUACACCAGAAUGAGAAUUUUGCACUCUGGUAAAGGGAUAAUUUUGAGGACAUUUUUUUUUUGUUUGAUUUGCCGACUUUUUCUAUUUAAUUGUUUUAUUUAUUAUAAUGAGUGUGUAUCUAAGGUAAAACCAUUGAAUGAAGGUGAUACCAAUUAAUAAGUAUAUUUUGUUAUAUAAUUUUUUACAAAAUUUGUUAUGAAAAUGUUCCAUUUUGAAAGCAAAUUUAUCUUUACAUAUCUCAACACUAGA